UGUUACAAAUAUGAAUAGCUCGUGCACGGUUUUCGAUCGGUUGUUACGGAAUGUGGUGUUGGUUUAAGGGAUGUUUGAUUUGUGUUUAUCGGACAGAGUGGGUAUAUGGAAACCGGCUUCAGUGAAUUGGAUGUGGCGCGCCGAGAUCCCAUGGACCCAUCGAUCGAGGCUAUGCAUCCUCUGGAUCCUCCGCCGCCCGAUGUUCUGUUAGCGUUGUUGGCAAGAAAUAAGGCUUUAGAAGCCAGCAUACCAAAAUGUGGAGGCUGUCAUGAGAUGAUAGUAGAUCGAUACGUGCUAAAAGUGUCAGACAGGACUUGGCACGCUGGCUGUUUGAGGUGUGUCGAGUGUCGAGCCAUGCUGUCAGGAAAGUGCUUCGCUAGAAAUAACCAGCUCUACUGCACCGAAGACUUCUUCAAGCGUUACGGCACUAAGUGCGCGGGCUGCGGGCAGGGCAUCCCGCCGACACAGGUCGUACGGCGGGCCCAGGCUCACGUUUACCAUCUUCGGUGUUUCGCAUGUGCUGCCUGUGCACGCACACUUAAUACCGGAGACGAGUUUUAUCUAAUGGAGGAUGGCAAGCUUGUUUGCAAACCGGACUAUGAAGCUGCGAGAGCGAAAGGUGAAGGUUCGUUGGAUGGAGACGCAGCUAGCAAGAGACCGCGAACUACAAUUACUGCAAAACAGCUUGAAACUCUUAAAAGUGCUUAUAGCAGCAGUCCAAAGCCAGCUCGUCACGUGAGGGAACAGCUUGCUCAAGAUACAGGCUUAGAUAUGAGGGUCGUUCAAGUUUGGUUUCAAAAUCGGAGGGCAAAAGAGAAGCGACUAAAGAAGGACGCGGGUCGAACAAGAUGGUCACAAUACUUCAGAUCUAUGAAGGGCGGAGGUAGUGGCUCACCGCGUCACGAUCGUCUUCUGGAUAAAGACGAACUGAAAAUAGAUUUAGACUCUUUCAGUCAUCAUGAGCUAAGCAACGAUAGUUAUAGCACUGCUGCACUGGGUGGUGAGGAGGGAUCACCAGCCGGCGGCGCGGCGGGAGGGACUCGGUUUGGUACUACGCCACCAUAUCUUCGUGCUCAUUCACCCCCCCACGCACAUUAUCAUUAUCCCCCCGAUCACCUCGUGUAUACCAAUAUCGGUCAAUCAAUGGGUGGCGCUGGUUUAGGCGUGGGGGCGGGGGGUGCGUCUGAUAUGAGCAGCUCUUCUUCUCCUGCGGCUGGUGGUUACCCUGACUUUCCUCCGUCUCCGGACUCUUGGCUCGGCGAACCACAUCACUAUUCACCCCGAGGCUACCCCUAGCGGCGGCCACCGCCGGCUCACGUCCAGCCCGCACCUCCGACGCUGCCCGCGCCCUGUCCGCCUAUAUGCGUUCAACCUCUAGAGCUCGUAGUCAAACGUGAGCUGUGAAUUGUGAGCGUUCAACUACCAUAUAAAGAAUAUGAAGCCUCCGAUAUAAAUUUGUAUAUAGUAAUGUUCACUAGAUUCACAACUAUUUAAUUUAUUUACAGCGUAAUGCUACAGGCAUUGAUGCUGUAUUUUCAUCUGAGGCUCUUUAUUCAAUGUUGGAAAAUAUUCAAUCACUAAUGACAGUAUAAUCAUCUGCUGCGUGUUUAUAACUUAGAUGUGACAUUUUGUAUUUACACAAAGGACACUUAAAUUCAUUUUCAAAAUAUAAGUAAUCGUUCUGUAUAUAUAAAAUAAAAAUUCAUCUCAUCAUAAAAUCGUAAACAAAACUCAUAUGCCAUCGUCUGACUCACAAAGAUAAUACUUGUAUGAAAUAUUAUGUCUUUAUUAGUAGUUAAAAAAUAGUGAAUAUAUUGUAUUUUUAAGUAAUUUUAAUAUAUGUUGGAUGUAAUCGUAUUAAUAUUAUUGUACAUACAAAGUUAUGAGAUGAUUAGGAUAAAAUUCAUUAAAGUAUAAAGAUAAAAUGUAUAUAAUUAUUUAAUAUUAAGUGAUAUGAUACUUCGUGCAAAAAAUCUAGUCGAGAUAAAUGGUAUUAUAAUAAUACAAAUAUUGUAAUUUAA